AUGUCACAAGACGCCCUCUAUUAGCGACCUCUAGCGCUAAAAACGCACAUUCCGCCCCAUUGAAAACUUUCCUUCAUCGAGCUUUAUUGACAUCAACGUGAGCAGGCUUGUCUCCAAAGAAGUAAACGAGCUAUUUCCGGGUUCUCCUAGCCGGGGAUCACAUGCCUGGGUCAGGCUGAAAUCAGCUGAGGAGGGGAAAGCUGGAUUUCAUGGAGGAAGAAGGCAGCGGUGAUGGACAGACAGUAGACAGCAGGAUACCCCAGGGGGGAGAGGGUGCAGCAGGGCCAAGUAAUGACACAAUCGAUGAAGGAUUGCCAGAAGAUCAGUUUCCUCUUGAUGUAAAGUCUGUGGAGCAACUCAGUGAAGGACUCCUAGCUCAUUACUUACCCAAUCUUCAGAACUCGAAGCUUUCCUUACAGGAACUCACGCAGAAUCAAGUGGUAUUACUGGACACUCUGGAUCAGGAAAUCUCCAAAUUCAAAGAGUGCAAUUCAAUUCUGGACAUCAAUGCCCUGUUUUCAGAAGCCAAGUAUUACCAUAACAAGUUGGUGAAUAUUAGAAAGGAAAUGUUGCUGCUUCAUGAAAAGACCUCAAAAUUAAAGAAGCGAGCACUAAAGUUGCAGCAGAAGAAACAGGAGGAAAAUCUUAAGCAAGAACAGCAACGUGAGCGUGAUCUGGAGAGAGAAAAACAAUUAACGGCCAAGCCAGCUAAAAGGACAUGAAAUGCAGGGCUUGUCUCGGCCCGUUCAUGAACUCCGCAUCCUAAACAUUUCUAUUUAGUUAUGGAGAAUCAGCGCUGAUACUGUUCAAGCUGAAGGCAGUUAUCGAAAUUUCUAGCUUACAAUUUUUAUGCUUUUAACCAUCCAGUCCAGGUUUCUGCUUGCCCGGCUUGCAGUGAUUGAGCACAAAUUUCAAAUGCCUUUCAAGAUAAGCGUGGGUGCAAUCAUUGUGUUAAUGAUGAAGCAUGUGAAGAAAGUCUAUCCAAGCAAAGGAAGAGAAUGUACUAGCUGGAGCAUGAAUUAUUUUCUUUCUGUACGAAAGCACCGACUACUCUUUUUCAUUUAAAUAUCAUUUUAUAUAUAGUGCUAGGGAGCUUAGUAGGAAAGCAGAGAACAAAAAUAUGGUAUUUAUGAGGCCGGUGCCAGGUGACCUUGGGACUUUGCUGCCAUCUACUGGCUAAUAUCGGGAAGGCAAUUUACGGGAUCUUUAAGUUUGUUAUUUAAGAUAGAGACCAGUCCCAAUAUAAUUUAAAUUAAGCAAAGAUCUCCUUGCACUGUAUAAUAUUUUUUUGUUUCUACAUACCUCCCGCAUCAGGGAUGGAGCCAUCUGCAAAUUGCUUGCUGCUCUAUGAUAGUCAGUAUUGGUCUGUGUGAGACGCAUUGCACUAUUUUUGCCUGUUACACGAUUGUAGUCUUGUGAAAUGUUUAAAAAUCUCCAGAAAAAAAAAAUUAAGAAAAAUUAUACAGCCAACCAACUUUUUUAAAUAGUUCUACCCCGUUAUCCAUGUUGGCAGGCAAUAGCAACCUGCUUGUUUCUAAACUGUCCACAUAACACGUGUUAUUUUAGAAAAUCAUUAUCCCUUUCUGCAAAAAGCAGGCUCCAGCAUUGAUGUAUCAUAUUAAAGAAAUACUAUAUAUGUGUAUCCACUCUUCCUAAGCAAGCCAUAGCUAUAAUUAUUGGGAGUGUGAACAGACAUCCUACAGCUGCCAAAGAUUUCCAGUAAUUGGCUGUCAUUUC